CGCACUUCUUUCCCCCACGCUAAAAAGUGGGCGCUUGCGCGUUUGCUCCCUCCUGAUCUUCCGCCCUCAGUCUUAACUACCACUUCUCUUCUGCAGCCGCCGCCAUUUUAUCCCUCUCGCUGAACCUGCUUUGGAAAGCCGAAAGCGGUCGUCAGCAUUCGCUGGAAAGAUGGCAUGGCCCAGCUCGGGAAGAGGCCGUUUCAUCCUUAGAAAUCCCUUAAAUCUCACAAGCCGAAAAAGGCGGACAAUUCACAUCGGGUGGAAGCGCUGAGGUAAGGAGCGUCCCACCCAUGGAGCCGCGGAGGGAGCGAGAGCAGGCGGCCCCUCGCCUCAACACCUGCCCGCCCUCGCUGCCGGCCCCACAGCCCGACGCCCGAUUUUCAUUGCUGCGGCCCUUAUUGCAGCUGCUGCAGCGCCUCCUGCCCGGUCCGAUCAGUCCCUUCUUCUGGCUGCCUUCCGAAGUCCACGCCACCACCCCGGAGACUUCGCUGCCAGUGUGGGAGACUCCCGGCCUGACUCCGAUCUUGGCCGUUGAGCACCAGCUGCGCGUGGUCUCUUCCUCGUACGUGCUGGGCGGCACUGACAAGAGCUCUCUGCCCGAACCCUUACGGGCCAAGUUUCCCGGGAUCUUGCAGCGAGUGCCGUGGCAGCCGCGUAAAGCCGUUGUUGACGAGCCAGACUCCGAUUGCGGCUACUACAGCUUAGAGGUCGAGGAGCAGUUGCGAGAGGCCUGGGCCCCAAAGGAGUGUGGUGAGGAAAUCCAAGAACACGGGGACCUCGCGAAAACGCCGCAGCCUCUGGAGGGGGGCAGUGCUGGGCGGGAAGCGGCUGCGGAGGUCAGCUCCGAUGUAGGACCCGACCUGCCGGUGGUGGCCAGACCGGCGUGUCCUAACAAGCUGAUCGAUUACAUCUUGGGGGGCACUUGCAGCGGGGAAGAGAGCGCGGAGGAGGACAGCGAUGGUGAGGUGGAGGAAAAUGACGUUGGCUUUGACAGUGAAGCCUCCUUUUCGGAGUCGGAAAUAAGCCAAGAUGGAGAAAGCAUUCAUCUGUGGAACUCUUUCUGUAGCCCCGAUCCAUACGACCCGUGGAAUUUCACAGCAGCUGUGCAGACUGCUGGGAAUGUGGGAGAGGAAGGGCCCACCAGAGAGUCAAAUGAGAGUGAGGUGGUGGAGGAUUCCUCUUCCUGGAGUGAAAGUUCCUGUGAGGAAGAUGACUGGGAAUCUAGUAGCAUAGAUGAAUCUGAAAAUUUGAAAUUGUGGAACUCCUUUAUUAAUUUGGAGGAUCCUUAUAACCCUUUCCAUUUUAAAGCCCAAUUUCAGACUGCAGGAAAGAAAGGGAAAAGUGACUUGAAAGGAUCCACAGGUUUAGGACUUAGCCCCUCUCAACAUAGUAUCUUACUUAGCUGUCAGCUUCACCUGCUUGAUAAUGAAGGCAGUGAAAAUGUGAGGUAUGGCAUCCUCCCUAGAGAAAAAUGUAAGAAGAAGAAAAAGGUGACUUUCCUUGAAGAAGUUACUGAGUAUUAUGUAAGCAAUGAGGAAGAUCGCAAAGGACCUUGGGAGGAGCUAGCACGUGACGGAUGCCGAUUCCAUAAACGAAUUCAGGAGACUGAAGAUGCUAUUGGAUAUUGCUUAACAGUAGAACACAGGCAGCAAAUUCGUAAUAGAUUCCAGGAAAUGUAUUAUGAAAGACUUGAUAUAUUAACACCUUAUUAAUUAUCCAGGGUAAUGAUGCUUAUGACCAUCUUUCAAGACAUCUAUUAAAAUGACAGCUGCCUCUAAUAAUAUAAAACUGGGAACCAGAGUAAUUUUAAUAGUAUGUCUCAAUUCUCUGCCAACAAAUAUGCUGUAUGACCUGGAUGCAGUGUUGAAGCAAAUCUUUUGAACAUCCAGUGUGUUCAUAAUUGCUCCUUUCUAAUGAUAAGUAUAUCUAUUUUUGCAAAAGCCAAUCCAGAGAUGCCUCCUUGUGCAUUUGUAUGUUCUGUCUCAUUCACAUAAUAUCUAUGUGAGCAAAGAAAUGUGUGGAAUUUUGCACUUUUUAAAGGGGAAAAUAUUUUGCAAGUGUAUUUAUUGGGUUUGGAACCCAACAAUGCAGUUCUGAUUUAAAGUUUGUAAAUUGCAGCCUGCUCUUAUAAUUUGUGUAUAACAGAAAAUUGAAAUGUUCCUAUUUUUCCUGUAAUUGAAAUGAAUUUACACAGUAACACUGUCUACUUCUCACUGAUCUUUCUCUUACGUAUUUGAUUUUAACUGAAUUCUUUUUUCUGCAUAAAAGUCUCCCUUAUGUUUGUAGAGAUUUUUACUUUGUUGGAAUAGAAUGCUGUAUAUUUUACAGUAAAAUUGCAAACAGUAUUGGACUGUUAACAGCAGGAAUCUCAGUUUAAACCGCCAGUAAGGUGGUUAGUAACAUAUUCUUCCUCACUUUUGGCAUUAUACCAAUCUAAUAGACACAGCAUUCCAUUCCUGUGGAUAGAUCGCCAAAAUUCUGCAGCAGUUCUGUUUUUUAUUAUUUCAGAAGGAAUCUGUCCUCAGUAAACACUGUGGUAAGGAAAAUAUUAAAAUAUGUUGAUUUGAUUGCAGUCCGUUCCAGAUAUUUCAAAUUUAUGAGGGGAAAAAAAUCAUAGAAUUCAAUAUUUGUAAUGCUGAUUGGUUACAAAGCUUACCAAAAUAAUCAAUAUGAGUAUAAUUGUUCACAUAGCAAUAUAACCAUUUCUAAGGAUAGUUCUAGAAAUAUUCUUAAUGCAUUAAUCUAUUCCUAAUCAUUAAUGUUACAUAUUUGGUCAAAAUACAGGUUUGGAUUAUCUGAAGCAUUUUUUGAAUCGUGUAUGGAUUCCAAAUAGUGAUUUAAAUGGCUUAAGUAAGCAGCUGUAUCCAGUAUUCAGAAUUAUUGGGAUACAUUCAUUGGGUUAACUGACUGUUUAGUUUUAGAUGGGCUGCUCCUGGAGGAAGCAAGGAAUACCAGUAACAUCCAUUGCUGCAAUAUGUCCUUAACACAAAUCACAAUAAGUGGCUUUACUUUUUUCUAUCUAACGUUUCACUGACUUCAUGUUUGUACAGUAGUUUGUUAUACCGCAGAUGUUCUGUGCUUUAGUCCAGGUGAAUUCUAAUAGAAUAAAUAGCCCUUUAAAAAAGUUUCUGUAGAACACAAAAAUAUGUUUUAAGAUGUAAUAAUCUAGAGAAUUUAUAUAUGGAAUACUUGAUGCAUAUCUGAAAAGGGUGCCCUUGAAGUGCUGCUGCAACAUUUCAUUGAGCUAUCUGGGGCAGUUCCAAUGUAUCCACAGACCUGUGUACUUGGCUUCUGUUUAAACACUCAUAAAGCCACAGAGGAUAGAAAAAAUUUCUACCUUGAUACUGUUUUAAGUAUUGUCUUUUAUUGGUCAGUUGCUGACUACUGGGAGGAAUAGUGAUUCUGUCACUCAGUCUGAAGCCAUUUAAAAUGAUGAGUGCAGAUUCCUGAAAUAAAAUUAAUUCAUUUUUUUCUCUCUGUAGAAUGAUUUAAUGGUGCUACAUGUGGCAAUGAAGGAUGUCUUUACAAAUUUAUUUAAGUAGUGAGACAUGAAAAACUAAUUCAAAAACUUUAAAUCAAAACUGUAUCAGAAUUUUAUUUUUAUAUCAUUUUAGAAAGGCAAAAAAAUAGAGACAGAAAACUUUUCAUAUAUACAGGCUUAAAAGGAUUUGAUUGUAUCUCAUUUUUUAUACUUAAACAUAUGUUUCUGUAUAUAAUCUCUUUGAAACUAAUCUAUAGAUUGUAAUAAAGAAACUUUACAUGUUUAAACUGUCUGGAAGAUUGUGCUGCCGUGAUAUUGGAGUGUAGCUCUUAAAAUAAAUGGAGUAUUCUUUGG